AUGGAAAAUGUGAAGCGUUCUAAGGAAGAUUUGGCCUGUGAAGAACACUUUAUCAACAAUUAUCGUCGAUUAACUUCAGGAGAAUACUUAGUUAGUUUGCCUUUUAAAUCAAGUAUUUCGCAAUUAGGCGAUUCUUAUUCGCAAGCUGUACGUCGUUUUCAAAAUCUCGAGAAAAGAUUCACACACAACUCCGAGUUAAAGGAACAAUAUUCUAAGUUCAUAACUGAAUAUGCUCAACUUAAACAUAUGUCACCGGUAGGAGUCAUUCCCAGGGGUGCUCACACAAACUUCCUACCUCAUCACUGCGUGCUAAAGGCAGACAGCACCACCACUAAAUUGCGCGUAGUAUUUGAUGCGUCCGCUCCCACCAGUUCUGGAUUUUCGUUGAACGACCUGUUGAUGUCAGGUCCAACAAUACAAUCCAGAUUAAUUGACACGUUGUUAAGAUUUCGAUCGCACAAAUUCGCUUUGACAGCCGACAUUUGCAAAAUGUAUCGGGCCGUCAAGAUAUCCAAAUCUGAUAGUUUUUUGCAGUGCAUAUUAUGGCGCGAUAAACCCAACCCGGAGUUCAAGAUAUAUAAGCUAGAUACAGUCACUUAUGGUACCAAGCCCGCUGCAUUUCUGGCCAUUCGGGCAAUGCAGCAGCUCGCAAUUGAGGAAGCAAGGAACUAUCCCCUUGGUUCAGAAAUCGUCUUGCGCGACUUCUAUGUCGAUGAUUUAAUAUCAGGCGGAGCGUCUGAGAAACAAGUGUUGCAAAUAAUGACACAGACGGAGCAGCUUUUAAAAAAAGGGUAA